AACUCACCGCCUGCUAAAAGUUCUGCUAAAAGUUCAACUCGCCGCUAAGACCUCUUUCUCUUUGUUUUUCUCUCCCAUUCUCUCUCCAGCAAUAAUGGCCGCCGCUGCGGUGGCGAGGCACUGCCUUGCUCGUUUCACGGAUUCAGAGACGACCAAAUGCACUCUCUCUUACUUCCAUCAUACUUCUUCCAGGCAAUCCAUCCAAGUUUUUUACAACAAAUAUCAGGUUUGUACACUAUCCAUGAAUGGGUGCCAAGGGGACUCCAAAUUCCCCAUAGGCACCAUUGAGACACGCACACUGGGAGCAGUUCCAUCUCCUGCAGUGGCCAUGGAACGGCUGAAUCUCGCCAUUGGAGAGUUGAAAUCCAACCUACCUCCCUGUAGCUCUGGCAUUAUUCGGCUGCAGGUACCCAUCCAGCAGCAAAUCGAAGCAAUCGAAUGGCUCCAUGCUCAGGACGAGAUUCUUCCUCGUUGUUUCUUCUCUGGUAGAAGAGGCAGAGCCAACGCUUCCAAUCUCUUGAUAGACACCAUCAAUGGAAACGGCUACACCUCUUUUGGCCAGAAUCUUGUAAGUGUCGCCGGUGUAGGCUCGGCGGUCUUCUUUCGACAACUUCAUCCUUUCUCCUAUGACGAUUGGAAGUCCAUUAAGAGGUUUCUCUCUUCAAAAUGCCCUUUGAUUCGUGCAUACGGAGCAAUCCGUUUCGAUGCAAGGGCCAACAUAUCAUCUGAAUGGAAGGCAUUUGGUUCAUUUUACUUUAUGGUCCCUCAGGUUGAGUUUGAUGAGCUUGAAGAAAGUUCCAUGCUUGCCAUAAUGGUUGCAUGGGACGAUGCGCUUUCAUGGACAUGGGAUGAAGCCAUUGAUUCACUUGAAGCUACAAUGCAGCGGGUGGCUUCGAUUGUUGUAAAAUUGAGGAAGGAAUCUUCCAAAGAAUUCAUCCUUAGUAAUAAUCACAUUCCCAACAAGACACAUUGGGAUCUUGCUGUAAAGAGAGCUUUGGAGAUAAUAAACACAAGCAACUCACCACUCAUUAAGGUUGUGCUUGCACGUAGCAGCAAGGUUUUAACUGCUACAAAUAUCGAUCCUAUCUCAUGGUUAGCAUGUCUGCAGGUUGAAGGAGAAAAUGGUUAUCAGUUUUGUCUUCAGCCACCUAAUGGACCAGCAUUUAUAGGAAAUACGCCAGAGCAACUAUUUCACAGAAAAUGGCUAAGCAUUAGUAGUGAGGCAAUGGCUGGAACCCGUGCUAGAGGCGGAUCCACUACUCUUGAUCUUGAAAUAGAGCAUGACCUACUUUCCAGUCCCAAGGACCAUCUGGAGUUUACUAUAGUACGAGAAAGCAUACAAAACAAAUUAGAGUCUGUAUGUGAGAGAGUUGCUGUUGAGCCAAAGAAAACAGUACGAAAACUUCGAAGGAUUCAACAUUUAUUUUCCCAAUUGGCUGGUAACCUGAAAACGGAGGAUGAUGAGUUUGAAAUCUUGUCUUCUCUCCACCCAACUCCAGCAGUUUGUGGAUUUCCCACAGAAACUGCACGCCUUUUCAUUUCAGAAACUGAACUGUUUGACCGAGGAAUGUUUGCUGGACCAGUUGGUUGGUUUGGAGGAGGAGAAAGUGAGUUUGCUGUUGGUAUAAGGUCAGCAUUAGUGCAAAAGGGUCUUGGUGCAUUGAUAUACGCUGGAACAGGGAUAGUAGAAGGCAGCAAUCCAACUUUAGAAUGGGAUGAACUAGAACUCAAGACAUCUCAGUUCACCAAGUUGCUUCAACUUGAGGAUCCUUGGCAAUCAAAAGUUGAGAAUUUGGAGACUAUCAAUUAAUAAGUUUACGUUCGGAAGACUGGGAUUAAGUAAAUUUUGUGGAAACAUUUCUGGUGUGCAUUGCUUCAAUUCAGGAUUGAGCGGCAGGACAAGCAACAAAAGAUAUGUUUUGGCAAAUUGUUUCAACUGAAGCUUCUGAUUUGUUUUACAUAGUUCAUUUAUACAUAGGAAACCUCACAGCCUGUUCCGCGUAAUCAUUGUAGAUGUAUCAUCAGCAACAUUACUUGCAAUUUUUCUUAUUGACAUAAAUUGAUUAAAUGUAAUUAUUCCUUCUACAGGUUGCUAGUUUUCUUGGAUAUUUCUCUGCAGUGGGGGAUCCAGAAUUUCUUUCAGUGGUAUCCACUUUUAUAAAAAAACUGUUUGACAUAUUUAUCAAAUUUAUGGGUGGAAAGGUAUCAAGGAAAGAUUAGGAGAGUGUUCAAAGGAAAGUUUUUCUUUAAAUUUUUUAUCUUUCAAUUUUUGGGGUGUCCAUGGACACUACUCCAAAAGAUGGAUCCGGCUCUGUUUCUCUGCAUGUAAAUGUUUUCUUCUUUCUUUUUUGUAUUUUAAUAUUUGACCAUGAUGUUAUGACCUGCUUGGGUUUAAGAUUAAUAACCAGGAUUGUAGUGUUUAUCUC